UGUUGUUUCGUUGGAUUACAAAAACAUUUAAAAAUGUCAAGUCGUGGAGAGGAUCCAUCGAAAACUGAGAGGAUUCCAUUCUCAGUGGAAUGGCUGAACUCGUGCUAUCAGCAGACGCUGCUACCUGAUGCACCGUGGCACGCGAUGGAGGGUAAGAUUGCCCAGUCUCUGGCAAGCAAGGUGGAGAAACAGUUUGGUAAAGCUGAGAGAAAGGAGGCCCUGAUGCAGUCCCUGGGGGAACAUUUUGUGGAAAAGUACCUCCCCAAUGCAACCUGGAACCCCCAAAUUCUGGAGCCUCCAAAUAUGUCGCCAAUCGAGAAACAGAAAAUAAUGAAAGAGGCUCAGGCAUACCUCAACAGUCAGAUGUACAAGUGUGUGAAGGAAAAAGGCUACGGCGUUAUGUUAGGGAAAAACCUCAACACAAGCACCAGCCAGCCCAAUGAGUAUGAGCAGUUCUUGCAGCACACGUACAACAUUUUCCUGAGAGGUUUGGAGAGAGAGGAGUACAAACAGGAAAACAAACUCACGAAACAAAAGCAGGAUGAGAUAAAACUAGAAAACAAAUUGAACAAACCAUUGAAGAUUCCUGCACCAAGCCGAGUCAAACCUUGGACUGCUGUAUCCUCGGUGUCAUCUGGGUCGUCCAAUAAACCAAGCUCGGCCGUGAUACGAAAUGGUAAAAAUACUGGCAUGAUCCACAAAGUUGAGGGUGAUCCCCCACCCCUCUGGGGACCCCAGAGUGACCUGAUUGGGCGGUCUGUACAGGCCAUUUUACAGAGGGAUCCAAGGAAGUUUGAGUACGUGGCAGGGAAGAUGCACGGUCGUCAGUUACCAGGCUCCCUCAGGACAUUCAUGUGGUCCGAUGUACUCUUCAGGGACGAGAGGAAGAAAAUGCCUGAGGCGAACCUGGAAAAGAUUGUUCGGGAGAGAUUUGCUAAGGCAGUUAGUCGAGGCACUCAGGAAUUAAAAAUAAAACGGGCCACUAACUCUCCGAUUGCAGGCCUGAUUGAAACGGCAGUCAUUGAGACCUACAAUAAGACGACCAGCAUGGUGGCCUUCAAGUCGAGUGAACACAUGCGGGAAGCAUCGCGGGUGCUAAAUGUGCUGUAUGUGUACGACAGAAGUUACGAACCUUACCUCAUUCACUGGUUGUUUCCACUACAGAUUGCAUUCCAGAAUUCAUCAGAAAAAACAACAGAGAAAGGCGAGCAUGUGUAUGAACUGGCCAUGUACCUUGACCUUCUGAACUCUAGCUGUUUCCCCACCUGGCACCACGUGUUCGCUAUAGCAGAGCAGGUGAUGAUGACCUUGAGCCUGUCUGACCCUGACCUUUACACACAUUUGAAAUCCAUCGCCAAAACCAAUAUGCAAGUCAAUAAAAAGGAGUUCUUGCUACACCUGAUCAGUUCUGAGAAGGCCAAGGCUGAGGAGCUGCUGAAGGCCACGCCCGGGAGUAAGCGGGAGGAGGUCAUGUCUAACGAACUGCUGGCCGACCCCUUGGUCUUCAUUCGCAGGUGGAUUGGUGAGGGUUUUGUGAGUGUGUUGGACACUCCGGCUGUGAUGUACAUUUGGGACCAGUGUUUUAUGCAGGGCUGGGCACCCUCAGUCCUCAAACAUUUCAGCCUGGCCCUACUGGAGCUCCUCAGAGAAAAGUUCAUGAAGGCCCGGGAUUAUUCACAAAUGAAAGAGGUUUUCCUGAGGGAGGCUUCCAAACUGUACACAGUGGACAUCCAGAUGGCCUGGAUCCACCUGGAGCAUGGGAAGGAUUUGUUAGAAAUACCUUACCUGAACAGACAAAGACCAAACACUCCGGGCUUACAGCUUCACACAGCCCCGCCGACCCCCAGUAUCCCAGGAUUCCUCAACCCCUGCGGCCUGAAGGACAUCAUACUCCGCCUUAUCAUUCCAUCCGAAGUUGUUGAAAAAGAGCAAUGGCUGGCGAGCGUUGAGGCGAGCUGUCUACAGGUCCACGUCCACGCCUACUUCGGCAGUGUCAAGCUCAGGUCCCGCCUCUCUAUGGGGAAAGCUGUCACCACCUCCAUCAGUAAAGACAACUACGGGAAUACUAUCUACGAAGUCCACUUCUACGAGGACAAGUUCGUGUUUGAUAACCUGGACAUCUCGGAACUGGAUGUGGAGAGAGAGCUGGGGGCGUUCCCGUAUGCCAUUGUCAGGGUGGAGUAUAGGAAACCUGGGCCUGAGGCUCUAAGAGUAAGUGUUCCGCUUGGCUGGGCCAGGAUCCCCCUGUUUGAGAAGGCAUCACGAGGAGGUCGCUCCUCGGUCGACUCCCUGGCCAACGUUGAGUGGUCCCUCCAGGACGGGGACUUUGUGUUCACUAUCCACCCCGGUGCUGUCCCACAGAACCUGAUUUCCACAGGGGCAGGGUCACCUUUACCGGAGGACCAGCAGGAAGGAACUGUCCUUGGUUACAAUUCUCAGAUAGUGGUCAUUGUGUAUGAUCCAAGACACGAGCCAGAAGGUCGGGCAAGACCCAAGGGAGUGAGCCCCAUCCCCACCCUGCCUGCUGGGACCACCACUCAGGUGCCGCCUCUUGCUACCCACACACCUCGACACAGCCCUGUUCCAAGGCAAAGUCCAAAGCCUAAGCCAGUCCCUAGAAGGACCCCCAUCAAGACCCCUGUCAGGACUCCCCAGCCUCUGGAGUCAGAAGAACCGUGGGUGGAGUCAAACUCCACAGCCAUGAACAGCAACCCUGUGCCCACUGGGCUCUCAGAUGCCUUUGAUUUUUACAUUGACAGUGUUCGCUUUAUUCCUGAUAACUCUUCCAUGAUCAAGGUGACAGGUUUGAUCAAGACUGGAAAUGAUGCCAAGAUUCUGAUGGCUCUACCCGCACUGGACAGCCCGGCAAGGUCUCCCCUGUUUGAGUUCAAGCUGACUGUGAACGAACAGAAGAAGAAGAUGGACCCUGACAUGGUCAUCUUCCUGAGGGUGUAUACAGAGGACGUGCUGACGGACAAAAUCUCCGUCAUCGGCAGCUGUUUUGUCCCAGUGUUCAAGGGAGGAAAGUUAAAUGUUGGGGGCCAGCAGCUGAGGAUAAGGAAUGGGAUCCCUCCCAACAAGCCCAAGAACCUGGUCACUGACCUAGAUACCUUCCCCGCGGUGCCAGCUUGCUCCAUCCUGGUCAGACUCCUCCCAGCUCAACAGGAGGUGGUUCCGAUGCCCCGUUAUUCCACAGGCUACUAUUUCUCAGAGCCAGCCCGACCCACAACCUCAGAGACAAGAGUGUUUGCCAGUUACAAAGAGCACCACAACUACCCGCAGACAGUGAAGGAAAUGAUUCAGAGAAUCCAGCAGUCCAACGAAGUCCCUGUGGAUGAGGAUGAUGACACCCUGCUCCAAUGGCUACAGGAUCAACUGGACGCGAAGAAGCAGGGCGGCAAGGCCCCUGCGGACAACCUCCCCCUGUCCCACUGUGUCAGGUACCGCGUCAAGAUGGGACUCAAUGCCAAGGUCGAGCAGGUGUACGGACUGCCAGAUGGUUUCUACGCCCAGUGCUUUGUGCGUGUGUCCCCAGGGGAGAAGGUCCUCACUAUGGAGGAGACGCCGGAGGGGUAUGGCAAGGAGGAGAAGUUUGUGACCCUGAAGCACGACUAUGAAAGCUUCCAGUCGGCUCCCAAGUUUCUCGAUGACCCAAAGGUGAUGCAUCCCUUCUACGACAACUACUCCUGUCUGAUCAUCCAGGUGUUUGGUCUGGAUCUCAUCUAUCGGAUGAAGCCGGAACACGAUGAGCCCGGGACCUUCCACUCCAUCAAAAACGGGGAGUUAGCCCUGGGGGAUGACCAGAUCCUAGCCUGGGGGGUGGUCCCACUAUUUGAGGGGAAUUGUGUGGCCUCAGGAACUCAUGAAGUCCCUCUGUUCAAGGGAAAGCCACCUGCUGGAAUUGUAGAGGAGUUCACACAGAGGAACGCCAAAAAUGUCAUCGAAAAAUGGAAGUGGGACAAAAACCAGAAAAUGCCCAAUGCCAGUAUGACGGUGUCUUUGUGGGAUGGACAUUUUGAUCCUGAUGAGCUAGCCAUCAAACCUACGUUCAAGUACCUACUGGAGGCAGCCGGCACUCAGUCUACCUAUCUCCAGGGGAGGAAAGCCCCGCCCAAAACAGCCAAGAAAAUCUCCAACUUUGUGGUGGAUAACUUGGAACAGAAGUACAAGAAACUGGGGACCAACAGUUCUGUGUAUACGACGGAGCAGAAAUUCUUUGAGGAUAACAUCACCAAAACCUUCUACAAUCUGAUGGUCAACUCUUUUUGAAUUCUGUCUUUGGAGGAUGCCUUAAUGAAUGCUGGCUAUGGACCGCUGUAGAACCCUCCACAGACCUAAGUAUGACGACGGGACAUCAAGUUAGUCCAGAGGGUCGUUCCUCAGUGGCAAACAGUCAUCAUUACUGAAGAACUAAUGCAUUCAAAUUUCAUGAUUGGAAAGAUAAUGCUUCCAAAGUUUGAACACACAAAGCUGCACUGUGGUGGAGUGAAUUCCAAGACACAUGUACUUUUUGCGUUUUACCGCUGGAGUUUAGGUUUUAGAACUUCUCUACCCGAAUUAAUUACAUUCAUAACUUUUAUUUACUAUAAUUGGAGGAAGUGAACAUAACAAACUGUAAACAAUAUUCCAGAUUCUCCCUAGAAAAUUUCCCCGUCCUUGAUUGAGUCAUUUAGUUGGACCUGUCCUCCGUUUGAGGAUGCGUUUGUCAAGUCAUCUUUUAGAAUCUGUACAUUAUUUACCCUCCCAAGAUAAGGAAUUGACUAUUUAUUUACUGUGUGAUAGACUUCGCAUUCAUUUAGCCACAUGUGUUUACAUAAUGGUUGGAGACACUUUUCAUGUGUACACGGUUGUUAUGUUUGGCAAUUUGACUACAGGAAGUUGUUGCUACACUCUCUUGCAAUCCUGUCUGUAUUUAAUUCACAGAAUACUGGUUGCUAGUAGUUUUAAUGUAAAAAGUAAUUUUAAUAAAAACCAACAAAACUCA